UUAUUGAAACUCUUUUCACUCUCUCUCUCUCUCUCUAUUCCAACUCACUCAUUUACGCCGCAUUGGAUUUGGUUUGUCUUGCGAGUAGUAGUAGUAGUUGAAGCCACUCCAAUAUAGAAACAGCUAUCGCAGUAGAAGAAGAAAUUGUGGUAGUUGAAGAAGUAUCAGGCGAUGGGCUGCUCGGAGUCGAAGGUGAAGCAGCAGAAGGCCGUGGCUCUCUGCCGUGGCCGCGCUGACCUCCUGGCGGCCGCCAUCCGACACCGCGACGCCCUGGCUGCCGCCCACGCCGACUACUCCCGCUCCCUGUUUUCUUUCUCCUCCUCCCUCCAUCGCCUCCUACGCUCUCCUUCCUCUUCGCCUGUCAUUCCCAUCCACCUCCCCACCCUCUCCAAACCCGAACCCUUCCCUCCCCUGAAGCAGCCCGUCUCCUCCGCCCCCCGCCAUUCCUAUUCCAGCUCUCACAUCAAAUUCCUUCCUUCCGACUCCGAUGACUUCGACGAUGACGACUCCCCGUUGCACUCCGGCGGCUCUUCCCCUCUUCACUGCCUCGACCACCACUAUGAAACAGUCUUUUGCGCCCGCAGCCAACCACCGCCUGUUCCCUCCAUCUCCGGUUCGCAGCAGUCGCAGCGCUACGAGACCGUGCAAGUUUCCUCCUUUGACGCUGCUUACCCAUCUUACGAGGAAUCCUAUCGUUGCUUCUCUCGUAAUUACGAUUCCGUGAACGAAUUCUUCUGCCUCUCUUCGCCUAUCUUGGCAAUGCCUCCGUCCGACACGACGGAGGCAUCGGCCGUGGGCCGGUCUUCUUCUUCAACGGUGCCUCCGCCUCCGCCGCCGCUCACGACCUCUGCCUUGGACUUCUUGAAUCCUUUCGAAACCUCUGAAGCUUAUAAGUCUCAUUUUUAUACUCCUAGCUGGAGCUCAAGAGGGGAGAGAGAAGAGGAAGGGAUUCCCGAUCUGGAAGAGGAGGAGGUGCAGGAGGUGGUCGAGGAGGCAUAUGGCCAAAAUCCUGUUGCUUUCUCGCAUGUUGAGUGCUCGCCAGCGACCACCUAUAAUUGUAGGGAAGAGGUGGUCGAUAAGAAUGUGAUCGAGGAUAGGCCUGAAAAGUCGCAGAUGGAACAGAACGACGUGACAGAGAAGAUGGUUAUUUUUCAUGAGACUACCGGAGAAAUCAAGGCCCAAUUCGAGAAGGCAUGGCAGUCCGCAGCAGAGCUCUCCAAAUUGCUUGAGUUGGGGAAGCACCAGUAUCACCCGAAGCAUUCAUUGUAUCAAGUUUCAUCGAGAGCGAUAAAUGCGACGCCCCCUCGAUUGAGCUACGGAGUUUUGGACUUUGACGCCGACAAGGUAACCGAUUCCAGGAGCCUUGCUUCCACACUACAGAAACUCUACAUUUGGGAGAGGAAGCUUUACCAUGAAGUAAAGUCGGAGGAGAAGAUGAGACUACUGCUUCGCAGGAGACACGAGGAGUUAAGAUGCUUAGUUGAUAAGGGCGCUGAGGCUCACAAGGUCGAUUCUACGCGAACUGUUAUUAAGAAGUUAUCUACCAAAAUAAGAAUAGCAAUUCAGGUUGUUCAUUCAAUUUCAAAAAAGAUAAAUAGAUUGAGGGACGAAGAACUUCAGCCGCGCACAACUGAACUUGUUCGAGGGUUGGCACGGAUGUGGAAUAUUUUGCUCAAAUGUCAUCAGAUGCAAUGUAAGGAGAUAUCAGAAACUAAAAGACUGGGCUUGGUGGUUUCUGCCGGCGGUCUCAGCACCAAUCAUGCAGACGAGAUCAUGCAGUUAGAAUUGGAGAUGAUAAAGUGGACUUGCAGUUUUUCUUCUUGGAUUAAUGCUCAGAAUAACUUUGUCAAGGCCUUGAAUGCCUGGCUUGUCCUUUAUCUUAAUUGUGAAUAUAAACUCGAUGCGACAAUUGACAGAGUCCCACCUCAUUCACCGAGAAGGAUGGGAGCUCCCCCAGUGUUUAUUAUCUACAGUUGCUGGUCGCAGGUCAUGGACAGAACUUCUCGAUCAGAGGUUCUUGAGUCAAUGCAGUCGCUUACUGCUGCAACUCACCGCCAGUGGGUCCAUCAAAACGUCGAACAGCGUGAAAGCAUGGCGGAAAUCAAAGAUAUGCAUAAAUGGCUUAGAACCCUGAAGAAGAACCAGAAAAACAGAGACAAGGAAGUGAGUUCCCUUCUUGAUAAGAAACUAGCUUUGGCACCCACCUAUACUGCUCUCUGCAAUAUUGACGAAGAAAGCAGGGUGGAUUCAGGCCUGAAAAGGAUGUUGGAGAUAAUGAAGGAUUUUGCAGCUAGUUCAGUGAAAGCAUAUCAGGAAUUGUCCGAGCUUUGUGAAGAACACAGGAUAAAUUAAUGUUUUAUUGGUAAGGAGAAAUCUACGAAGUCGAGUCUUUGUGAUGUGCCCUUUAGCAUCCUCUAUUUGAGACAUGCAAAUAUUGACCUCUUGAGUUUGUCAAUAUAUCUGAACAUUCUGUUCUUCUAAAAGUCACACAAACUAUUUGCCUACU